CCAAGACAAGCCUAUCACGUUCUCAAAGUGUGCUUUAUAUGUAUAAUUUACUUUGGCUCCAAUCUUCAAAGUAUUUGGAUUGGUGCAAUGAAGUAGUUUGAGUUGGUUCCUUAUUUGUGUUCCCAGUCAGCUGAGCCUGAAUGAUUGGUAAUUCGCUGUACAAAAUGCCCAGAGGACAGUUCCCUUGGUGACAGCCUGUAAACAAAACACUCUCAAUACAACUCUGAACACCAGAGGGGGAUAUGUUAAGGGGCAGGGAAAUCUUAAAAGGAAAUAAUAGCUGCCUUUGCCAUCAAGCACAGGACAACAUACACGGGGUUUCUUCCUUGCUUAAAUAGAUGAUGCGGGAAGGAUAAGAGUCUAGCUUAGACUCUGACACCAGUGACGUUUAAUCUUGUACAAAAUGGUGCAUCUUCCUCUUCUAAAAGAGAAUGCCAAGAAAAAGACUGACAGUGAUGUGUUUCCAUGUAUUUCAAACUCCGGUUCUUGUUCUGCAAAGCAUAUUGAUCCCCAGUCAGAUAACCAGUGGCAAAGAGACCAAUCUGAGAAGCCAAUUCCCAGCACUGUGCCUGAAGCUCUGACUAGAUAUCCACAUGUUUUCAUUCGGGGUAAUUUCGCCAUUUCCUCUGGAUACUCUGAAGGACAAGACACUGAAAACUGUUUGGAGGCAGAUAUAAAAAAGGAAGUAUCCAGCAGCAAAAUACAUGAUAUUUUGGUGACCACUGAGAAUGUAAGUGAAAAUUCCAAUCCUUAUUUCAGCCUAAAUGAAAUAGUGCCAAUAUCAGAUGAAGAAUGUAAGCAUUGCCCUUCAAAACAUCCAGAGAUUUUAAAGGUCAAGAACUGGCAAAAUAAUUUAGCAAAAAGGGGUAGCCCUCAAAUGCAUCUAAGCAAAACAGAAUUAUCAGAAAUUAAACCUGCUCAUAAUGUAAGUGUAAACAAUGGCAUGACUAUUGAGCAUGGAACUGAUGAUGGAGGUUCAAGCUUACAAACCAAGGUGAUAGAACAGCCUGUGUUAAUGACUGCUAUUCCUAAUGCUUUAAUGGAUCUUGAACAACCUGAAAGCAGGAGUUGUACAUCAGCAGAUGUGAAAGUUCCAACGUCUCAAGCCAAUGAAAACAAUAUUACUGAAGUGGUUCCCGUUGUUAAUAUUACAUAUGGAUGCAACAAAUCGACCCAAGCUUCCAUGCACUCCUCACCAAGAAAGAGCUUGCCGUCCAACCUAAGCCAAAGCUUCAACAUAUUUGCUCACAAAGACAAUGACAGAAAUAAAGUGCACUGCAGUAAAACAGACACUGCUUUAAAAGCUAAAGUGGGUGUCAAGAUGUCUCAAGACUUUAUUGUUUUGGGCAAGAGUUCUAUCCAAUGUCAAACUAAAAAGAUAAAGAAUUCAAUUUCCCAUUCUGUGGGAUUUUCUUCUGAGGACACUGGAAUUUUGUCAAAGUUUAAGAAAAAACACCCUGAGCAAAAGAAACACUUCAACCAGAGCAGUCAAAAAUCCCUAAAGCAGAGACUUCCUUCUAUUUCCAAUAACUCUGUAACUUCAGGGGAAAGCAAUGCUCCUUCUCCCAUCAGACAAGUACAUUCAGCAAAAGACUCAAUGGAUCUGAAAUACAGUGACAUGUUCAAGGAAAUAAAUACAGAUGACAAAGGUCCUGGCAUUUAUGAAAUGUUUGGGACUCCAGUAUAUACCCGUGAACCCAACAGACAUGAAAACCUGUUCUGCAGGAGUGUUCAUUCUGCCCCGACCAGGAGGCGCAAUUCAAUAAAACCCAAAUGUAAUAAUUUCAGUGGAAAGGCAAGCAAUAGAAAAAGAAAUUCCCCAAAGAAAACAUACCCGAAGUCACACAAGAUCUCCUUUGGCACCAAACAGAAGAAGGAAUAUUUGGUGCCCAAAGAGGCAUCUGAACUGGAAGGCAGCUCUCUUGCAGAGGAUAACAAUGCAAUAAUCUCUUGUGAAAGAGGGCAAAUAGAAAUUGAAGGGAACAUUUAUGAAGAUGUUACUCAGCAAGCUCUGAUUUCCAUUGAGUUGCCAAGAUCUGCUAAACAAAAUGAAGUCCUUCCAUAUUCAAACUUGUCAACUAUUGAAGAAGUCUCACUGGAAAACACGUCAGAUGCGGUUGUUAAUCAAACACGUGUUACUAAUGCUCAGGAAUUCCUUUGGCCAGAGAUUAAAGUCCAUGCAGAAUAUGCUCCCUUUUUAAGCUGUGUAAAAGAUACUAAUGAAUAUAUGGAUUCAGGGGAGAGCAGAAACAUAAGGGAGGUAGAAACUCAAGCAAGUUCAUUCUGCUUUGAGGAACUGAAAGCAAAGCAAGACUUGUGCUGUGGAGAUAAUCAAGAAAGCUCCUCUGGAUUGUCUUUCCCAGAAGCAGCAAAGUCACCUGCACAAAACCUCCCACCUGAGAACAUCAGCUUAGUAAAUGUAUCACCUCGGCUGACUUGGCAUUCUGCAGACUCCAUUUCCGAGACAUAUCCAAAUAUCCUGUCCUAUGAAAAAAGUGAAUUAACAGAAGACUUGUUGUGUUUCUCAGUCACUGAACUACUCUCUCUUGGUGGCUCAGACAACAACUGUACUAGAGCAGGUGCCAAGAAUUCAAAUGUACAAAUAUCCAAUGGAGAUGCAGAAAGUAAAGAAGAUGGUGCAGCAAUUGAAAGAAAAAGGAGACACACCUGGCCAGAUUUCCUGGAACCCAGUAGAGAACACCAAUUUCAAAAUACGAUGCCAUUUUCAGAAAACAGUUUAACUAAUGAAGAUCCCAUCCUGUGGACGAAAGGAGAAAUCCUUGGAAAAGGAGCAUAUGGCACAGUCUAUUGUGGACUUACCAGCCAAGGGCACCUGAUUGCUGUGAAGCAGGUACCACUGAAUAUCCAUGACCAAACUGGGAAUGAAAAAGAAUACCAGAAACUUCAAGAAGAAGUUGAGAUACUGAAAAAUUUAACACACAUCAACAUUGUAGGUUAUUUGGGGACAAGCUUGGAAGAUAGCAUAGUGAGCAUCUUUAUGGAAUUUGUUCCUGGGGGUUCAAUUUCCAGUAUCAUUCAUCGUUUUGGGCCAUUGCCCGAAAUAGUCUUUUGCAAAUAUGCCCAACAGAUUGUACAAGGGGUUGCCUAUUUGCAUGAAAAUGGUGUCAUCCACAGAGAUAUUAAAGGCAACAACAUUAUGCUUAUGCCCAAUGGUGUUAUCAAGCUGAUAGACUUUGGAUGUGCCAAGCGCUUAGCAUGUGUAAGCUUGACUAAUACCCACAGCGAAACACUUAAAUCAGUCCAUGGCACUCCUUACUGGAUGGCACCAGAAGUGAUCAAUGAAUCUGGCUAUGGGAGAAAAUCAGAUAUUUGGAGCAUUGGCUGCACUGUUUUUGAGAUGGCUACAGGAAAACCACCAUUGGCUUCCAUGGACAAGAUUGCUGCCAUGUUUUAUAUUGGUGCUCACAGAGGACUUAUGCCUUCACUACCUAGGCACUGCUCAAAAGAGGCAACAGAUUUUGUUCAUCUGUGUUUAACCAGGAAUCAGUUUGACCGGCCAACAGCUGUACAGUUACUGCAACAUUCCUUCAUAACAAGAACUUCACAAAGCCUGAAAUAAAUGUCAAAUCAUUUUCUAGAGGAGGCUAUAUGACAAAGCAACAAUUGAACUUGCAUUUUUGAAAUAACUAGGAUAAACAGAUGAGGGAUGGGCUUUUAAAUGCCGUGUGACUGGGAUUUUAAGAUUUAUAGGUAAAGGUUUCCCCCUGACAUUAAGUCUAGUGCUCGACUCUGGGGUGGUGCUCAUCUCCAUUUCUAAGCCGGCAUUGUCCGUAGAUGCCUCCCAAGUUCAUGUGGCUGGCAUGACUGCAUGAAGCUCCGUUACCUUCCCACCAGAGCGGUACCUAUUGAUCUACUCACAUUUACAUGCUUUUGAACUGCUAGAUUGGCAGAAGCUGGGGAUAAUAGCGGAAGCUCACCCUGCUCCCCAGAUUCAAACUGCCGACCUUUCGGUCAGCAAGUUCAGCAGCUCAGCAAUUUAACUCUUUUAAGAUUUAUAUAAAGUGCUUAUUACAUUUUAAUAUUUUAAUGCUUAAUUGUUUGAACAGUGCAAAUUGUUUAAUUGCUUUUUAAAAAAAUAUUUAUAUUUGUGUCCCACAUAGUUGGGAUAAAUAUAAAUAAAUCAAGCCUGAUUUA